AUGGUUCAAAAAGUUUUAUUAUUAGGUUCAGGUUUCGUUGCUAAACCAACUGUUGAUAUCUUAUCCCAAGAUCCCAACAUUGAAGUCACUGUUGCUUGUAGAACAUUAUCCAAGGCCAAAGAAUUGGCUGGUGAUAAUGCACAAGCAAUUUCAUUAGAUGUUAAUGAUACUGAGGCUUUAGACAAAGAAGUGGCCAAAUUCGAUUUGAUCAUUUCUUUAAUUCCAUACACGUAUCAUGUCAAUGUCGUUAAAUCAGCCAUCAAGAAUAAAAAACACGUUGUUACUACCUCGUACAUCAACCCGCAAUUGAAAGCAUUGGAAAAGGAGAUUGAAGAUGCUGGAAUCACCGUUAUGAACGAAAUUGGAUUGGAUCCAGGUAUUGAUCACUUAUAUGCUGUUAAAGCCAUUGAAGAUGUUCAUAAGGAAGGUGGUAAAGUAAGGUCGUUCUUGUCGUAUUGUGGUGGAUUACCAGCACCAGAAAAUUCCGACAAUCCAUUGGGUUACAAGUUCUCGUGGAGUUCAAGAGGUGUCUUGUUGGCAUUGAGAAAUGCUGCCAAGUACUGGCAAGAUGGAAAGAUUGUUGACGUUAAAUCAGAAGAUUUAAUGGCCACUGCUAAACCAUACUUUAUCUAUCCUGGAUUUGCAUUAGUCUGUUACCCCAACAGAGACUCAACUACUUAUAAAGAAUUGUACAAUAUUCCAGAAGCCGAGACUGUCAUUAGAGGUACGUUGAGAUUCCAAGGUUUCCCCGAAUUUAUUAAAGUUUUGGUCGACACUGGAUUCUUGAAGGAUGAAGAGACGGAAAUUUUCACCAAACCAGGUCCUUGGAAUGAAGCUACUGCUAACUUAAUUGGCGCCAAAUCAUCAUCACCAGAAGAUAUCAUUGCCAAGAUUCAAACUUUAACCAAGUUCAAAUCUGCCGAAGAUGAAGAACGUAUUAUUGAUGGUUUCAAAUGGUUGGGUUUGUUAUCCGAUAAAUUAUUGACUCCAAAGGGAAACCCAUUGGAUACAUUGUGCGCUACCUUGGAGCAAUUGAUGCAAUACGAACCAGGUGAGCGUGAUUUGGUUAUUUUGCAACACAAGUUUGGCGUUGAAAAUAAGGAUGGUACUACUGAAACCAGAACAUCCACUUUAGUUGAUUAUGGUGAUCCAAAUGGAUAUUCAUCAAUGGCUAAAUUGGUUGGUGUUCCUUGUGCUGUGGCUACUAAGCAGAUUUUGAAUGGUACUUUGAGCAAAAAGGGAUUAUUGGCACCAAUGAGUUCAGAGAUUAACGAUCCAAUUAUGAAAGAGUUGAAGGACGACUACGGUAUUUACUUGGUUGAAAAGACUCUUUAA